GGGCGCGGCCCCGCGGAGUGCGCGCCCAGCCCGCCGGCGUCCGUGAGCGGGGACACCCAGGUGCCCGAGGACGAGGUGCAGGUGCCCCUCGCGGCCACGCUGCUCGAGGUCUACUCGGGCUACGCUGACGACGAGGCGGAGGUGCACGACAGGUUCUUGCGCCUGGCGUUCAACCGCUUCGCGAUCGACGGGGCCAGCGAGCUCGCGCGGGAGAGCCUGCACGACGCUCUCCUCCACAUGGGCUUCCUGACCAGCACGCGGGAGCACGCCCUGGAUCUGUCGGCGCAGUUCUCUGGCUUCCAGAACUUCGACUACGUGGACUUCUGCGAGUACGCGAACAAGUUUGCUGCCCUCGAGCGUGCCGCCGUCCGCCAGCGAGCGGACGCCUGCCUGGCGGCGCACGGCGGCACGGCCACGGUCGCAGGGGUGCAGCAGUUCCUGCACGCCGCCGGCGUGCUCCUCCCGUACGGCCGCGUGGAGAAGGCGAGGAGGGCGGCGAAGCUCGACCACGUGAGGCCAGAGGACAUGAAGAGGAGCGACCUCCUGCUGACGCUGGCCGCGUGCAAGAUGGAGGAGGGCUUCGCCAGGGAGGAUGUCGCGGCCCUCCACGAGAUCUUCGGCGAGCUGGAGCAGGGGCAGCCGGCCUCUGCGAGCGGGUGGGGCCCGCUGGCCAAGGCCUCCGACCUCGUCGAAGGCCUGCUCAAGUUCACGGGCCUUUAUUGCGUGGACUUUCUGGAGAGGUUUGCGGACAUCCUGCCCUCCGACUCACCAGAUCAGAAGGGUAUCUGUUUCCACGAGUUUUUGGUCUGGGCACGACGGUUGCGCGACGCCAUGAUGCAGGACCUGUGGAAGUGCUUCAAAGGUUUCGAAACCAGCGGUUCAGGGGUAGUCCGGCUAGACAUUGCCAUCAACAUCGUGGAAGAGUGUGGGAUUUCCCUCCUCACGGACGCUGUAGAUGAGCUUCUUUCGGGCCUCGGGAUGCAGAAGGACAACACCUUGGACUUUCACGCGCUGGUGCAGCUUUUGAGCGCUGCCCGGAAGACGCACGGCUUCUCGCGCACCGAGGAGGAGGAAUUAAGCACUGCGUUCGAGAAAAUCGAUUACGACGGAACGGGCGAGCUGAACCACCUCCAGGUGCUUGACCUGCUUCGGUACCUUGGACACACCAUCAGCUUCGAGGAGGCAAACUCAUUGAUAAGGCGGGUUGACUUCAACGGGAAUGGUUCCAUGGACCGCGACGAGUUCUUGAGGCUAAUGAGAUUGAUGCGCGAGCAGGACAUCCGGUGCGCUCGCAAGUCCUUCAACGCGUUGAGCAGCUCCACUGGCCAGCUUCCCAAAGGGUCAAUUAAAGACGCUCUUUCCGACGCUCGCAAGUCCUUCAACGCGCUGAGUAGCUCCACUGGUCGGUUUACCAUGGGGGCAGCUACCGACUCUCUUGCCAGCGCUGGUAAGUCCUUACGCGAGUUGAGUAGCUCCAUGCGUCGGCGUCCCAUGGGCUCAGUCAAGGAUGUCCGGUUCUCUCAGAAGUCCGUCAUCGUCGAGUUACCCAGCUCCACUGGUAUGGUUCCCACGAGGUCAGCCAAGAACGCUCGUGCCAACGCUCGCAAGUCUGGUCGGCUGCCGACGGGGUCAGUUCAGGACGCACUCGCCAAGCUGCAGCUCUUUCCAGGAUCCGCCAUGAUCUCGGAGCUCCUGCAGGACGCGCCGGAGGAGAUGUGCUUCAGUGCCUUCAUGCGUCUCCACGACCAGUGCCGCUUCCGCAUGAACCUCGAUUUCCGGAGGCGCGGAGGCUUCUCUGAAGACGCCGUGCAGGAGAUAGAGGAGCUCUGGAAAGGCGGCGGAUCUCCUAAGCAGUUCGCCACCGUCGGCGAGCUCCUCUGGAUGUUCUCCAGCUCGCUCAUGGUCCCCGUGAACACGGUCGAGGGGCGGCAGAAGCUGCUGCUGCGCGUGCAGAACGCGCGAGAGGCCGCGAUCGAGGCGGGCGUCCCCGAGGAGGAGGCGUCGCGCGGAGGCACUGCGGACAUCGGCUUCUACACAUUCGUGCACCUGGUUCGCGGCAUUGUGCGGGACACGGAGCAGGAGGUUCACCUGCGCGAGACGGAGGCCGCGUCCUUCGCUCAGUUCUCCAUCGACGAGGCGGCCGAGUUCCGCCGCGCUUUCUGCGAUUUCGCCGCGGCAGACCCGUCGACUCGGAAUCAGCUGGCGGCCAGGAUGGGACCGUGUGUGGACAGUCUCCUGGAGCGACUCACGCUGGUGCCUGCCAUCCCAAAACGGGCCAUGCCGCUCCUACUGAAGUCCAUCGGGGUGAAGGCGCCUGGCAGCAAGCUGCAGGAACUCACCCGGUUUCUGACAGAGAACCAGAGCCAGGGCGAGGCAGACAAGAACACGCUCCAGUUUGCGACGUUCUUGAGGCUUUUGCGGUGGAUGCUCGACACCAAUUUUGCAGGCAUCGGCGGCCCGAUAAGCUCGCCAAGGAGAUGA